AAAAACCUCUAUAAGUUGAGACCAUUUUUAAAGAUUACACAGUUGGUGGGGAUCCCUUUUUAUGUCUAUGCUCAUGGUAACUAUUAAAAAUUUUGAAGAUAGACAUCAAGAGUUACAGUCCUUGAAAAUGAGUCCUACUUAUCCUGUGACUAAUAAUGUGACAUUAAACUAUCAAACUACAACAUUGGUCAUGAACACACCAAACGCUAAAGUAUACAUCUUAAAUGUGUAUUGUUUUAUUGGGUCCCAGGAUUACUUCUAUCUUUUCCAGGCAUUUAGCUGCUUCGUCAAUCCUGUGCUUUCUGUCCUGGGUCUGUUUAUCAAUGCACUAUGUCUUGUCAUACUGGCCAAGAGUGGACUUAAAAAGACGUCAAACAUUCUGCUUUUCGCGCUUGUUUUGGCAGACUCCAUGAAUAUGUUCAUAAAUCUGGAUUUUCCCACUAGAAUUAGAUACUUCGGACCGCUUAAGUAUAAAUCUGGGCUCUGCACCUUUGAAUAUGACACUAUUAUGAAUGAAUUCCUCUACGUCUCUCAGCAUUUCUUUUCAUUUGUAGGUUUGUGGGGCCGGACUAUCAAUGCUUCGAUCCCGAUGAUUAUUACCAUCGAACGCAUUCUUGCUGUGUACUUUCCCGUGACAUUCAAGAAAGUGGUCACCACAAGAUCCAUAACUGCGUCCUGUUGUGCAGCAUACAUAAUAUGGCUGCCCCACGUCAUUGUCCAGACUUUCUACAGGCGCCUUGAAUACAUCCGUCUCCCCAACGGAAAAGUUGCGGCGAUUACCACCCAAACCGAGUUCUUGAUAAAUAACUAUAGUAUCUUAUACACGUUCACAGUCUACGCCAUGGAGGUGUUGUUGUCUUGGGUUCCCACCUGUUUUAUAAGUCUAGGCUGCAUCCUCAUCGGCAUCAAGAUCUCUGUCUCCAUCUCUCAGCGGCGAAAGAUGACCAAUGUAAAUAAAAAGCGCCAAUGGUCGCCUAGAACCACUCGCACCCUUCUGACCACUUGCCUUAUAUUUGCAGUCACCCACGCCAUUACUGCUCUUAUCAGCGCACUUGUCGUCGUGGAUACGAAGACCCCUCUAUUGUCCUACUUGCUAGAGGAAAUCUCACAAUUCAUCAAUAUCCUGAACUGCACAAGCAACUUUUUGAUCUAUUUUCUCUUUAAUAAAAAGCUUUGGAAGAUAUUUCUUCAAAUAGUUUGCCCGAUAAAAAAAAGUAACAUAGAUAAAACAUUUUUUUCUUUACAAGAUAUCAGCAAAUAAAUAAAAGGAUGUUUAAAACUCCGAUAUAAAUUUCUCUACAGUCACAAGAAACAUCGUUUGGUGAUUUCAAUUUUAUAUGAGACACAACGUUUCCAUGCUAAUUAAUAUUUUUUUCUCUAUUACUGCCUAUUUUAUCUUAUCUUAUAUAAUACAGACGUUAGUUCAAAGAAGAAGAUGAUUACGUCCAACGAGUCAUGCAUUCAGUCAUGCAUAUUAACCAAUGACUUAAAUUCUGCCAAGUCACUGGUUUUCCUGGCUAGCUCAGGCAACCGAUUCCAUGCUCUAAUAGCACUAGGGAAGAAGGAGUGUUUGUACAAAUUUGUCCUAGCAUAUGGAACGAGGAGUGUGCCUUUAUCUUUGUGUCUUUCUGAGUAUUUUAUUACAAUUUGUUUUUGUAUUUGAAGAUUAUGGUUAAGAGUUUUAUGUAUAAUUGCUACUUUAAUUUUGAGUAUUCUUUCCUGAAGGCUUUCUAAAUUUAGUGAUUUUACUAAAGGUGUUACUCUAGCCAAAUUUUAAUAUUAGUUUUAUUAUAAAUCUCACUGCUCUAUUUUGUGUCUAUUCCAGUUUCUUAAUGUUUUCUUGAGUUGAAGGGUC